CACUCCUAAACCCUGUGGAAAGCCUUCACAGAAGAGUUAAGCUGUUAUAGGUGCAAAGGGUGGGCCGACGUCUUAUUAAUCCCUGAAUAGGAUAGGAUGUCACUUAAAUUCAUAUGCGUGUAAAGAGAGAUGAGCAAAUACUUGUGGCAAUAUAGUGUAUGUGACCCAUAAAAUAAAAUAAAAGAUAAUGGUAACUGUUGUUGGAAAGAAAAUAGUAUACAAGUGAAAUCAAUCUCUAAAGGGGAAAAUUGAUGAGACAUACUGUUGUGAGAGUAUUGCUGCUUAUUGACACUUCUGUGGCCAUGACACUGAUAUCUUACUGUUACAUCACACAUUACCUAAUGCUAAGUGAGUCCCCUGAUGCUAAAAUUGCUUCUUUAAAAAGUAUGAGACCUUAUCUGCUGCUGCUCAGUACUAACUGCUUCCAGUGAUGAGACAAGACGGAUGUCACAAACAGGUAUUGAUGUAUUACAAGCAAGCUGCUAUCUUUACAUUAUUUGUGGAACAUUUCUAACAGAAGAGUUUGUGUUUGCUGUUCAGCCACUGUUGUCUUUUAAUACAUCAAGUAUCUCUGAUAUCUAGAUUGCCAAGACUUUGUCAGUAUCCUAACACUGACAGGAUAUUGUUCUACUUGUUAUUUCAGGCUGAUGGAAAACUACACGUACAACAGCUUCAUACUUCAGAUAGAAGGGUUAAAGGUCUCAAAGGAUUCCAUGUACCCUGUUUUUUUCUUUUUACUCAUUGCCUACAUUGUUACAAUGGCUCUGAAUAUAGGCAUUUCAAUUAUAAUUUUGAUUGACAAGAACCUUCACCAGCCUAUGUAUGUCAUUUUCUGCAACCUGUCAGUCAGUGACAUGAUUGGUUGUACUAAUACUGUGCCCCGUUUGCUUGCUUAUAUUUUAGUGCCUCCAUCUCAGCGUCUCAUCACUUAUUAUGAAUGUGUGGUCCAAGCUUUCAUUUCACACUUGUUUGGUACAACAUCCCAAACUGUGCUCAUGAUUAUGGCCUAUGACAGAUACGUGGCCAUUUGCAAUCCACUGCACUAUGCUUCCAUAAUGACCACCAAAAUGGUGAUUAAGCUGACAGUUGCUGCUUGGGGAGUGGCCUUCGUUUUGGUGGGGAUUCUGCUCGGUCUGACCAUACGUCUCAACCGAUGCAGGACUGUGAUCAUGAAUCCAUACUGUGACAAUGCUUCCCUGUUUAAGCUGUCCUGUGAGAGUGUGUUGAUCAAUAACGUCUAUGGUCUCACUUUCACUGUAGUGUUGAAAGUCGCCUCUAUAGGCAGCACAAUUCUCACAUAUGCUAAGAUAACAAUGGUCUGCAUGAGUGGUAAAAACAAAUCUUUGAACAAGAAAGCCUUGAAGACUUGCAGCACUCACUUGGUUGUGUAUCUGAUCAUGUUGCUCAGUGGAUUUAUUGGCAUUAUUCUGCAUCGCUUCCCUCAAUACACAGACUACAGAAAACUUACCGCUGUUCUGUUUGUGAUUGUCCCUGGCAGCCUUAACACCAUUAUUUAUGGGGUGCAGUCUAAAGAGAUAAGAAAAUUCUUACAUGAAAUGUUUCAUAAGAAAAACUGCUUCGCAUUGUGUAAAAUAUAAAAGCCUACUUUGUCAAUAUGUAAAUAAAUGUCUGUAGAUGAACGCACAGGAUUCCAUUGAUUACAGCAGCAAACAGGAGAGGGUGCAAAGCAUGCAAGCUUAAAGGGAAGGAUGAGCAUUCAGAAAGAAUAA